GAAAUAAAAUAAUAAAUUGCACGGGUGAUGAUAUGAAAAAAAGAAGUACGCAUAAAGAUAAAGAUAUUUUUCAGUAUAAAUACAGAAACUUAUCAAAUAAUGAUACAAUUGGGGAAAUUACUGGCCGUCUUUGCCAUGAAGUUUCUCGCAGUUCUCUUUCUCGCAGGUUUUGGCCUAGCGGCAGCAUCGAAUGUUUUGUCCGAGUCUUUUGGAGUCGAAGUUCAAUUUAACGGUGAGCCAGAAGUAUUCCACGAAGUCAUUUAUGGUGAUGGAAACGAUGACGUUCAAUCGUUGAGAAAAAGAUUAGAGGAACUGAUGGAAAUAGUCGCAGCACAUCGUGAUAGUGAUAAACGUCCACCAAAGGAAACACUUCUUGAGAUGAAAAAGAUCUUUGAAGAUAUGGAGAAGAAUGACAUUGAGUUAACAUCUGUGGAACAAAUGGUUAAAUGGGCAUUGAACUAUUAUAUUGAGUUACCUGACAGCCCUCGUGGUCUUGUGGCUCACGAGGAUCCAAAGACUGAACUAAGUAGGAUUCUUAAAAAGCAUUUUGAGGAAAUUUUGGAAAAAGUGAAAGACAUGAUUGAAGAUGGAAAAACUUACAAGGAAGAUCUUGGUGAAAAGCUUAAAGAAAUCGCCCAGAAACUGAAAGACAUGAAAGUUGACAUCAGUGAUCACGCUAAGGAACUUUUGAAGAAAUUGAAAGAUAAAGCAAAAGACUAUUGGAAAAAAAUCAUAGAUAAAAUAACACCAGGAAGUGAACCGUUUUCUGCAGAUGAUGCUGAAUCUUUAAGAAAAAGAUUAGAUGAACUGAUGGAAAAACUUAAGGAAAUUCAAGCCAAGAAUGAGAAUCCACCAAAGGAAAUACUCCUUGAACUGAAAAAGAUCUUUGAGGAUAUGGAGAAUAAAAAUAUUGAGUUGACAAUUCUCGAACAAAUAAUCAAAUCUACAGUGGAAUUUUAUUUGAAGUUAGAAAAUUCUCACGAUCUUGUGGCUCACGAAGAUCCUAACACUGAACUAGGUAGGAUUCUGAAAAAACAUUUUGAUGAAAUUUUGGAAAAAGUGAGAGACAUGAUUGAAAACGGAAAAGCUUACAAAGAAGAUCUAGGUGAAAAGCUUAAAGAAAUCGCCCAGAAACUUAAAGACAUGAAAGUUGACAUCAGUGAUCACGCUAAAGAACUUCUGAAUAAAUUGAAAGAUAAAGCAAAGGAUUAUUGGAAAAAAAUCAUAGAUAAAAUUACACCAGGAAGUGAACCAUUCGCUGCCGAAGAAGAGGACUACGCCAGAAACCUGAGAGAGAGAUUCGAAGAAAUUUUGGAAAAAAUUAAAGAUGCUAUUGCGAAUCGUAAGACUCUCGGAGGAAAUGUGGUCGCCAAGCUAAAAGAAAUUUACCAAGAAAUGAGGAAGAAAUCUAUUCCUUUCGGUGAUAAAGUGAAGGAACUGCUCGAAGAAAUGAAGGAGAAGGCAACUGGCAUCUGGAAAAGAAUUUUGGACAACAUUAAACUCGACAAAAGUUCUGUCGAAGCUAGAGGAACUGGUGCUGAAAAUCUGAGAGAAAGAUUAGAGGAAUUAUUGACAAAACUCAAAGAAUCAUUCAGGGAUCGAAAACUUCCAGGAAAAGGAUUUAUUUCAAAGUUGAGAGAAAUCCGUGAAGAAAUGAGGCAAAAUAAAGUUCCCCUUGGUGGAAAGCUUAAAGAAAUGAUUGAGAAACUGAAAGAAAAUGCCAAUGGUGUUUGGCGACGAAUUUUGGAUAGAAUUGGCCGGAAUAAUUCUCCCAGUAGAUCAGAAGAAGAUGAGGACUACGCCAGAAAUCUGAGAGAGAGAUUCGAAGAAAUUUUGGAAAAAAUUAAAGAUGCUAUUGCGAAUCGAAAGACACUCGGAGGAAAUGUGGUGGCCAAGCUAAAAGAAAUUUACCAAGAAAUGAGAAAGAAAUCUAUUCCUUUCGGUGAUAAAGUGAAGGAACUCCUCGAAGAAAUGAAGGAGAAGGCUACUGGCAUCUGGAAAAGAAUUUUGGACAACAUUAAACUCGACAAAAGUUCUGUCGAAGCUAGAGGAACUGGUGCUGAAAAUCUGAGAGAAAGAUUAGAGGAAUUAUUGACAAAACUCAAAGAAUCAUUCAGGGAUCGAAAAUUUCCAGGAAAAGGAUUUAUUUCAAAGUUGAGACAAAUCCGUGAAGAAAUGAGGCAAAAUAAAAUUCCCCUUGGUGGAAAGCUUAAAGAAAUGAUUGAGAAACUGAAGGAAAAUGCCAAUGGUGUUUGGCGACGAAUCUUGGAUAGAAUUGGCCGGAAAUCCUCCAGUGCAUCAGAAGAGGACCAGUUCGCAAGGAAUUUGAGGACUAGGCUGAAUGAAAUCUUGGAGAUGGUUAAAGAUGGCUUCGUAACACGCACAACUAUUGGUGGUCAAUACCUCUACCAUUUAGAGACAGUAUGGAAUGAAAUGAAAGAGAAAUCUAUUCCUCCUGGUGAAAGAGCUAUUCAACUUAUCCAGGAACUAAAAAAGAUGACAAACGGUGAAUGGAAGGAGCUUUUGUAUAAGCUUCUUCCUGAUGAAGAAUAAGAAGUGCAAAAAAGGAGGAUAUAUUCCUUAAUUGAAAGAAGAAAUAAAAAAAAAUUAAAUAGAUGCAGAAUAAAAGCCUUUUUAUCAACAAAAAAAAAUGACCACCUUUGUAAGAAAUGUGCAAUGGACAAUACUGUUAUUUUACUUGUAUUUAAAUAUUGUAAAUUUGUAUAAAUAAACCUAUUUUAUAAUUUA